UGUUGCCAUGUCUUCUCUCCGUGUGUCUGUGUUUGCGUGUGUCCGCCUGCCUGGGCUUCAGGGGAGUACGGCCUGGAGGUGUAUGCCAACGAGCCCAGCGAGGGCGAUGUGUUCACACACAUGUGCCAAUACCUGCUGCACUACGAGGCUCCGUCCCACUCGCGGACCGGCUCGUCCGGUUUCCCUCAGGCCCCGAAGACCACCGGCACCUUUGCCCGGUUCCCCGGCUCCACACCCUCCGCGGCCGGGCUCGUCAACAACUCCACGGGCAACGGACACGCCCAUCCGGCCUGGUACCAACUUCCUGUGCCCGCGGACGCGACGGCCCAGACCGCCUCGUCCGCGUCCGCGCCGCAAGCCGGUCACACGCGGCCGGCCUACUCGUCGGCCGGCUUCAUCAUGCCGGCCCGGCAAAUGUACAACUACGGUCCUCAUGCCCCGCCCAUGGGACAGCUUCCCAGACCGUAUGCCCAUUCACAGUACGCCAGCACAACUACGGAUGCACAGACCUUCCCUCGCAACCAGACAGGACAGAUCAGAGACCACCAACAAAAGAUUACAUGGCCGACCUAGUCGUAUGCUAUCGCGCAAUCAUUGCAGUUUUAACCAUUUAG